CCAUCGCCGGUGCGGUGCAGUUUAUGCCCUCCUAAUUUUUAAUUCAAAAAAAGAAAAAUCAAAAACUUUAUUUUUCUUCCGCCAUCGUCGCCGCCGCCGUUUUAUCUACUUCCGGUUCUCCGGCGAUUCUAUCCCAAUUUACCCUUCCCUCUCCUCUUUUAUCCCCAAAUAGUGAAAUUAGUCUCCAUUUUUUUAAAUAGUUCUUUUGUUUUUGUUUCUCUGUUAGUUUUUGAUUGAACAUCAAAGAGGAGAAGGGAACAAAAAAGAAAAAAAAGUAGAAAGGAUCCAUUGGAGUUGUUGUCAAUGGCGCAGAUUGAGGUUCAGCGUCAACCGGCGAUUUCCGUACCAAACGCCGUCGCUCCGCAAACCGGAGGGGUGCAGUUCAUACCGACGUCACUAUAUGUUGGGGAUCUUGAUGUUACCGUUACGGAUGAGCAACUGUUUCAAUUGUUUGGACAAGUUGCUCGGGUUGCUUCCGUAAGGAUUUGCCGCGACUUGGCUACGGGCCGUUCACUCGGAUACGGUUACGUCAACUAUAGCAAUCCUCGUGAUGCGGCUAGGGCUUUGGAUCUACUUAAUUUCACUCCACUGAAUAAUAAGCCUAUUCGUAUCAUGUAUUCUCAAAGGGACCCUAGUCUUCGUAAGAGUGGUACUGCAAACAUAUUUAUCAAGAAUCUGGACAAGUCUAUUGACCACAAAGCAUUACAUGAUACGUUUUCUGCAUUUGGAAAUAUUCUGUCUUGCAAGAUAUCUACAGAUGGUUUUGGCCAGUCUAAAGGCUAUGGUUUUGUGCAAUUUGACAGUGAAGAAUCUGCUCAAAAUGCAAUUGAUAAAUUGAAUGGCAUGUUGAUUAAUGACAAGCAGGUCUAUGUUGGACAUUUCCUUCGUAAGCAGGAAAGAGAGACCACAUCGAGUAAGACCAAAUUCAAUAAUGUUUAUGUGAAAAAUCUUUCCGAGUCUACAACAGAUGAAGACUUGAAAACAAUUUUUGGUGAGUAUGGUGAAAUUACUAGUGCUGUAAUUAUGAGGGAUGCAGAUGGCAAGUCGAAGUGUUUUGGAUUUGUCAACUUUGAAAUUGCUGAUGAUGCUGCUAAAGCUGUUGAAGCUCUUAAUGGAAAGAAAUUUGAAGAGAAAGAGUGGUAUGUUGGAAAAGCCCAGAAAAAGUCAGAAAGAGAGCAUGAGCUAAAAUCUCGUUUUGAGCAAACUGUGAAGGAAGCUGCUGAUAAACUUAAGGGUAUGAAUUUAUAUGUUAAAAACUUGGAUGAUAGUAUUGAUGAUGAAAAGCUGAAGGAACUGUUUUCGGAGUAUGGCAAAAUUAUUUCGUGCAAGGUCAUGCGUGACCCUAGUGGAGUUAGUAAGGGCUCUGGGUUUGUUGCAUUUUCUACACCUGAAGAAGCAUCACGAGCUCUUGCUGAGAUGAAUCAUAAAUUGGUUGUUAGCAAACCACUUUAUGUUGCACUUGCUCAAAAGCAAGAAGAGAGAAGAGCAAGUCUACAGGCUCAGUUUUCACAAAUGAGACCUCUUGCUAUCCCCUCGGUUGCUCCUCGUAUGCCCAUGUACCCUUCUGGUGCACCAGGUCUUGGCCAACAAUUUUUAUAUGGGCAAGCACCUCCAGCUAUCAUUCCUCAAGCUGGUUUUGGUUAUCAGCAGCAACUGGUUCCUGGAGUGAGGCCUGGUGGCCCUCCUGUACCAAAUUUCUUUGUUCCCAUGGUACAGCAGGGCCAGCGCCCAGGGGGACGACGCGGAGCAGGUCCAUUUCAACAGGCUCAACAACCAAUGAUGCCUAGGGGACGUGCCAAUCGAUACCCACCUGGUUGUAAUGUGCCGGGUCCAUUGCAAGAUGCUGGCACUGGACAGCCUAUGCCUCUUCAACCUUUGGCUACUGCUCUUGCAAAUUCAACCCCUGAGCAACAAAGGACGAUGCUUGGUGAAAGCCUAUACCCCCUUGUGGAACAUCUCGAGUGUGAUGCAGCAGCCAAGGUUACCGGCAUGCUUCUAGAGAUGGACCAAACUGAAGUUUUGCAUCUCAUUGAGUCACCCGAAGCUUUGAAAGCUAAAGUAGCAGAGGCCUUAGAGGUGUUGAAGAGUGUUGCUGCAAAGCCACAGGUCAACAAUCCUGCAGACCAAUUGGCUUCACUAUCUUUGAAUGAUAACCAUGUCUCUUGAGUGACUGGAAUUUUGGUAUUGUAGGGUUGAGUUUGGAACAUUUAUUUAUGCUUUUGUUUUUUUUUUGGUGGUUGCAAGGAUUCUAAUACUUUGCUAGCAUUGUGUUUUUUCGGUUUGGCUUCAUAGGCUUUUUCUAUUUACUGGAUUGUUAUUUAUUACAAUAAGUUUUGUUUAAUGUCAUUGGAACUUUAUUUUUAACA